UUCGUCUUCUUCUCCAAGAAGAAUGCUCAAAAAAAUUUAGCCAAUCUCCUUCAAUUCUCAAUCAAAUGAGCUCAAAUUUGAGGUGCAACUUCCUCAAAAUUCAGUGAACAAAUCCCACCCACCAAUUUCUUCGAACAAAACAUUGACUCAACAAUGAAAAAAAUAUCGUAGUGUUCGUCAUCAAUUAAUCAUGUGGUCUUCAUCACAUGCAACUUUCCUAUUCUUUUGGUUUCGAUCUCAAUAUACAAAUUUGAAUCUUAAUAGUUCUCUAAUCGCUAUAGUUUAGCUGGUUUAAUCGGCUAUUUUCUUGUAUCUUUUUGUUUUUCUGUCCAAUAAUGCUGUUUUUAAAUCCUAGCAAUGCGUACAUUUAUGUUGUGAGCAUAGAAAACAAAUUCUAACGUGUCACGCCUCAAAUGUCUAUGUUAGGCUAGAAGAUAUCAGCUUAAGGCUCAAUGGUGAUAAAAAAAAUUCAAUGUUUGAAGAAAUUGGUGGUUGAGAUUUGUUCACUGAAUUUUGACGAAGUUGCAUCUCAAAUUUGAGCUCAUUUGAGAUUGGCUCAAUUUUUUUGAGCAUUCUUGUUGGAGAAGAAGAUGAGAUCGGGGCUGAGUCGGGGCGGGUCGGGUCGUGGAAGGAAUUGGGUAAUUUUUUAAAAUCAGAUAAUUUUAUUUUAUUUGGGGUUUUCCAUCCAGAUAGGGGUACACUUGUAAACUUUGUUGACGGCAGGGGUAUAUUUGUUCACUUUCACUAACGGAGGAUAAAGUUGGUUAAUAAAAUAAAGUAGAGGGGUAUAUUUGACCCUUUUCCCUUUUUACUACUUCAUCACUGUUAAACCUUAUGAAUUCUUCAAUUGGCAUUCUUAGAAGUUCUCUUUCUUGUAGUAAGUUUUAUCACAUCUACUUUCACAUAUUGUUGGAAAAUAAACGAUGAAAACUCUGCAGUAGCAAGAAUUUAUUAAUGUUUUUUGUUAAUUUCUUUUCUUCUGUUGUUUUGAAGGGUCUCAGAAUAAUACUUUUGUAAGCUUUUUCUGAGUUUGCAAGUCUUUGUCUCUACAAUCUUAAAUUUACUUUCUAUGGUCCCAACUGUUCCAUAUUUAAAUCACUGGAUUUGCUUGUGAUUUGUGUAGCCAAUUGCUAAAAGGUGUACGUCGUCAAAUUGUUGUUCUGGCUGCAGUCUUAAACACUAAAGGUAACCAUUUCACUGUAAAUUACGUCUUGCAGGGCAGCUUCUAUUCCGAGGUUCAAGAACGGCACUUGUCUACAAAUGAAAUUGGUAUACAAUAACUUGGCACCAGUACUUCUGUUCUUGCUCCAGUGGAUGGAUUUCUCAUGUACGUGCUUACUUCCAAGUUAUCUCAAUCUCUUCCACAUAGUUGUAUACAAGGUUAGCCCCAAUAGCAAGAAGAAGAUUCCUUCAGAUGGGAGGAAAGCAAGCAUUAGAGAAUUCUAUGCGGUUUUAUUACCAUAUCUCCAGCGCUUACAUGAUAGCUCAUCAGAACAGGAUAGUAGACAAGACGAACCUCAAGUUUCAGAAAUGAUUCUUGGGAAGAAAGUACAAGAGCAAAAGCAUUUUGAUGCUGAUCUAGAAAAAGAAAAUGAAUGUGGGAUCUGCUUAGAACCGUGCACCAAAGUAGUUUUGCCAAAUUGCUGUCAUGCAAUGUGCAUUAAUUGCUAUCGUGACUGGAACUUAAGAUCCGAGUCCUGCCCAUUUUGCAGAGGAAACCUCAAAAGAGUGAAUUCAGGGGAUCUGUGGGUUCUGAUAGGCAAUAGCGACGCUGUUGACCCGGCAACUCUUUCGAAUGAGGACAUGUUGCGUUUCUAUCUUUACAUAAACAACCUGCCUAAAGAUAUUCCAGAUGCCUUGUUCCUAGUUUAUUAUGAAUAUUUGAUAUGAUUUAACGUCUGAACUAAUUAAGAUGUUUGAUAUUACAAGUUUAACAUGCCGACCAAAGCCUGUGGAUAGAGUCCGGUAAACUCUAAUUUCCUUGAUUUGUCAUUCUUCCAGAACAUAUCUCGUUAACUUUGUGCUGUAUAACUGCCUCCUUACCCUAGUUUGUAAAAGACGUUGAAGUCAGCAAAGAGACUGUUACCUCACUUUCAGCACUCUGACAAGUACUUGAUUUGUAAGCGCAUCGUCUUCUGUUAGUUAAGACACUAUGAUACGGCCUAUGAAAUCUUUGAAGAGGCAUGUAUUUUGCAAUCAAAGAGUCAGACAAGCAUAAAAACGUUUAUAAUGCUUGUGAAGAAGCCCUUUUAAUGUGCUACUGCUCGAAGGAAUUGUUUCUUCUGUCAAGUUUUUCGGAUGAAGCUGUACAGACUGGAAUCUGAAUCAAACUAUUUUCUAGUAUUAAAAAAAUCGAUUGACAAUAUUGUGCUACAUGGGGAAGUCCACGAAUAGCCAUUGUUAGCACUGCUAUUUAAAGAACGACUGCACUUAACAAGAAGUUCAAAUUUUAGCCGUUUUUCAACUAACGCUAAAGUUGGCCUUUAUCAAAGCCUAGGAAUGCAGGUCAAUUUCAAACCUGUGGUACAAAGUAGAGGCGGAACCAGCUGUUGAACUUUACGAGUUUGAAAUUCAUACGUCGGCUCCUAGCUCCGCCCCCGAUCUGAAGUUCCACCCAAGCCCAUCUAGGUGCAUUUAGUCUCACUAGUUCUGGAAACGUGCUUCACACGUUUAUACUUAGCAUUCAUCGUUACUUAACAUGUAGAAAAAUAAUAUUUUAUUGCAUAAAAUGUGAACAUAUUUUAAAAUA